ACUUCAACAUGACACUGCGAAGGAAGACGCUGUUUUACACGGUGAACCUCAUCAUUCCGUGCGUGGGCCUGUCCUACCUCUCCGUCCUGGUGUUCUACCUGCCGGCCGACUCUGGGGAGAAGGUGGCCCUCUGUAUCACCAUCCUCCUCUCCCAGACCAUGUUCUUCCUGCUCAUCUCCGAGAUCAUGCCGUCCACAUCCCUAGCCGUACCACUGCUCGGCAAAUACCUCCUCUUCACGAUGAUACUGGUCAGCAUCUCUGUCAUCUCCACCAUCGUCAUCCUGAACAUCCACUACCGGAAGCCGUCCACGCACCGGAUGGCUCCCUGGGUGCGGCGCUUCUUCAUCCACCGGUUGCCUCCGCUGGUGAUGAUGAAGGUGCCGGACUCGUCGCCGCCAAACUCGGCGUUCGACGAGAAGCCGGCCGGCACCAGUAGGAGCGGCUUCUCCAGCGCCUCCUCCGGCAUGGACGAGGGAGCGCGACUGCGGGCGCUCAACUCGUUCGACGACGACAGGCGGUAUCCGUACGAGAUUGAGCGGGCGAUACAGAACGUCAAGUUUGUACACCAUUGCUGGAAGAUCCAGGAUCAGUAUGAUGAGGAGGACCAGGACUGGGCGUUCAUAGCCACCGUGCUGGACCGGGUGCUGCUGCUGCUCUUCAGCGUCGUCUCGCUGCUCGGAACGUUCGUCAUCUUGUGCGAGUCGCCGUUCCUCUAUGACACUACGCCGGCCAUCGACAUUCAGCUCUCGGAGGUCGCGCACCAGAUGGACAUUUUCGGCGAUACGUGAGCGCGUCUGGCGCCUGGGGGUGGGACUGGGGGGGGGGGGGAUGCGUGUCGCCGGCCGCAGCACAGCGGGGUGCUGUGCGUCGACUGCCAUGGUGCCGGUCAGCGUGCUGUUUUCGUCGCAGCCGGAUCGUCGUGCGGACGAUGGGCUUUGAACCUCGCCGAUAUUGGACGUUAUGCCGUUGUUGGUGGUGGGGUGGGGUGGGGUGAGCGGGGGCGGGGGCGGCACAGUGAUACGGAGCAGAUGUAUUAUAUAACGCAGACACCGCCCACAGAGAACUGAGGGGAGAUGAGCGCUGCCGCUCGCUCCUUAUUCGCCGCAAAUGCCCACGCCGGGGCUCGUUAUGUGUGUCUCUUAUGUGCGCUUGAAGCGGCGUCCAUGUGGCCAACGCCCUGUCCUCGGUCUCCCUCUGUUCUGUUUGCGGCGUUCUCCUGCCGUGUCGGCGCGGCGGAUCCAUGCGGUGGCGUGCCGCGGCACGACCGUGCGACAGCGCUGGGAACGCUCCCAGAUAGGACAGGUGAUUAUUCAAUACGCCACCGUCGUCCCCCAGGACACUGCCGCGCCGACAAAAAGGCACCGGAGAGGCAGCAGAGAGGCUCUCAGAGGCGGCUGGGGUCCGAAAAACAGUCCAGAUAUGCCGCCGGGACCGACGUAGUGUCUCUGAAAAACAGCGAUGGCGCGCGGCAAUGUAAAGAAGCCGACGACUUGUUGACUGUCUGAAAUGAAAUCUUUCGGUUCGGCGA